AUGAAUGCUUCUACCAUCACCAUCCUUGCGGGUCUCUCUCUCCUCUUCAUAACAACGCUCACAAAUAAACAAGUGGAAGAGAUCCCUACCAGUUGUACCCGUGUUGCUGGGAAAAACCAUAUCAAACCAACACUUCGUGGAGCUCUUCAUAUAAUCAUGAAAAAGAAGAGCAAAUUUUUUCGCAAAUACGAUUGCCUUCUCGAAAAACAAGCUGAGGUAAUCCUAAACAACAAUUUUAAACUCAAGGAUGACAGAGUGGGCUGUGAUGGCCAGUCACCUCUAAUAAGGGAAUAUGAAAGGAAUAAAACAGGGAAUGGGAGAAAGCAUAAGAUCUUCAGCGAAGGUAUUAAGGAGUGGAUGAAAGAAUUUAACAAGACCAAAUGCUUUGGAAUAUAUGGAUGCAGCUUAAAAGAACUUAACACCUCUUUCCAUUUUGCUUGUGCUUUUCUUUAA